AUGAGCCGCCCAAACACCAGUCUCGCGUACCCUGAGAUGAAAGAACUUUUAAACCGGAAUCUCAGGUGGUCAAAGAGAGUAUGGAACAAAGACCCCGAAUUUUUCCCCCACCACUUCCCAGGCCAGCGACCUGAGAUCAUGUGGAUAGGAUGUACGCACUCGAAUCUUCGACAGACUACCAUCAUGGGCUGUGACCCAGGAGACAUCUUCGUACACCGAAACAUCGCAAACCUGUACUCUCCCCAAGACGACUCGCUCAACUCUGUCUUGAUGAUUGCGCUUCUCAACUUCAGAGUCAAGCAUAUCGUCGUUACUGGCCAUACCAACUGCGUGGGGUGCCUCACUGCCCUCAACGUCGCCCGCCUGCCCGCCACGCCCCCCACCACCGCCCUUCAACGCUACGUCCGCCCCCUCGCGACCCUCGCUCGGACACUCGCCACCCCGGAAGGACCGCCUUCCCUGGAUCUGUUGGUGGAGGAGAAUGUGGUGCAGCAGGUGAAGAAUCUGCUGGCGAGUGAUGUGAUCAAGAAUGACUGGAAGAAGCGAGGCCCGGAUGGGGUUGUCAUUCACGGAUGGGUAUAUCAUCUGGAAGAUGGAACAAUCCGUGAUCUCAACGUCUCUGUCGGUCCUCCCGGCCAUGUCCCCGGCAAAGUCAUCAAUGGCUUCUUUUAG